AUGAUAUCCAGCAGGGCUGUCAUGGGCUUCGAGUGGACCUUCAUGGCUCUCGCCUACAUCACAGUCGCUUGCCGCAUUUAUGUCAGGGUGGUAAUGAGAAAAGCGCGACUGUUCUCGGCCGACUACUGGCUUAUUCUUGGCCUGCUGUCUUGCCAGGGACUGCUGAUCUGCGACACGAUUACCUACUCUAUGGAUGCGAUGGAUAAUUUCACAAUAAAUAAUGUAGCUAUUAGAAAGAUUCGAUUCGCCACAAAUCAUUUCUUCGACACAGGCAUAUACUUUCCGAAAUUUAGCAUCAUCGCCUUCUAUUUCAACCUCGUUCCGAUCUCACAGCCCAAAAUGCGCAUUGCGCUCUAUUGUCUAGCUGGCCUCACAACCUCUUUCGCGGUCAUCACUUUCUUCUGUGAUUGGUUCUGGUGCGGGCCUGAUCCAUCCAUCAACUGCCUAGGUGUCAUUACCAUCGCCGUCAGCGUCGGUAGAUUUAUAACCAUGGUCUAUGUUGACAAUGCCAUAUCCAUAUACAUCUGGGCAACUGCCGAGAUCUGUAUCUCGGUCAUAGUCGUCGCUCUUACAGCGGUCCGGCCCCUCCUUCGAAAGCUCACCAACCUGAAAUCAACAACGUUGCUAACGAGCGAAGACCGAUCUGGGGUUCAAGUAAUAGCAUCGAAUCGUUACUUGAAACCAGGACAUACUGCUGGAAGUUACGGGACUUACUGGCAGGGUACAGGAGAGAGCCAUCCUCGGCAUGCAGAGGGCAUGGGCCCGGAAAGUCUAGCGGGCAGUGAGAUGGAGCUGAACAGCAUGAAUAGGAUGACGCUCACGCAGAAUAUUACAGUCUCGUCAAGAGAAUCUAGCGUUCACAGUACACCUGGCUAG